AUGCGUCCCGAAGUCGAGCAAGAACUCGCCCACACCUUGCUCGUCGAGCUCCUCGCAUACCAGUUCGCCUCCCCCGUGAGAUGGAUCGAAACACAAGAUGUCUUUCUCCGCGACAAGACCGCCGAGCGCAUUGUCGAGGUUGGUCCGGCAGACACAUUGGGCGUCAUGGCCAAGAGGACACUUGCCUCCCAGUACGAAGCCUUUGACGCAGCAAAAUCGGUCCAACGACAAAUCCUGUGCUAUAACAAGGAUGCAAAGGAAAUCUACUACGAUGUAGACCCUAUAGAUGAAGAACCCGAACCCACACCCGCCGCUGCCAGCAGUUCGUCAAAUUAUGCGCCGACAUCAGCCCCGGCCGCGGCCGCAGCUCCAGCUUCAGCUGCUCCGUCGAGUGCAGGACCGGCUGCCGCAGUCCCUGAUGCACCGGUUUCCGCCCUCGAGAUCGUCAGAGCUUUGAUUGCGCAAAAGUUGAAGAAACCUUUUCUGGAAGUGCCCCUGAGCAAGGCCAUCAAGGACUUGGUAGGAGGCAAAUCUACGCUUCAAAAUGAGAUCAUCGGUGACCUGGGGAAGGAGUUUGGUUCUACACCCGAUAAACCGGAAGAUACCCCCCUGGACGAGCUUGGUGGGCUGAUGCAACAGACGUUUAAUGGGCAACUGGGGAAGCAAUCGCAGUCCCUGAUUGCGCGAUUGGUAUCCUCGAAGAUGCCUGGCGGUUUCAACAUCACAGCUGCUCGGAAGUACCUGGAAACCAGAUGGGGUCUGGCAUCCGGUAGACAAGACGGUGUUCUCAUUCUCGCCAUAACGAUGGAGCCACCCGCGCGUCUCACCUCGGAAGGCGACGCCAAGGCUUACUUCGACGACGUGGUACAGAAGUAUGCUGCCAACACAGGGGUCAGUUUGUCCACCGCUGCAUCUGCUGGUCCAGCUGCCGGCAGUGGUGGUGGCAUGAUGAUGGAUCCUGCUGCCAUCGACGCCCUCACCAAAGACCAACGCGCGCUUUUCAAGCAACAGCUUGAAUUACUUGCUCGGUAUUUGAAGAUGGAUCUCCGAGCUGGCGACAAGGCGGCUCAGACCUCGCAAAAGUCAUCACAGGUUCUUCAAGCACAGCUUGAUCUCUGGUCUGCUGAGCAUGGCGAUUUCUACGCUGGGGGCAUCGAACCCGUCUUCAGUCCCCUCAAGGCACGGAUAUACGACUCGUCUUGGAACUGGGCCCGCCAAGACGCCCUUAGCAUGUACUACGAUGUUAUCUUUGGUCGACUCCGCAUCGUCGACCGCGAGAUCGUCAGUCGGUGCAUUCGCAUCAUGACCAAGUCGAACCCUCUACUUCUCGAAUUCAUGCAAUACCACAUCGACAAUUGUCCCACCGAACGUGGAGAGACUUACGCACUGGCCAAGUUGCUUGGUGAGCAGCUGAUUGAGAACUGUAAAGAGGUCCUAAACGUGUCGCCUGUCUACAAGGACGUAGCUGUGCCGACCGGGCCACAUACCACCAUCGACCCUCGUGGAAACUUGAGCUACGAGGAGGUGCCUCGACAGAGCUGCCGCAAGCUCGAGCGCUACGUUCAGCAGAUGGCCGAGGGUGGCAAGAUCUCUGAGUACGGCAAUCGUGCCAAAGUGCAGAAUGACAUUGCACGCCUCAUCAAGCUCAUGAAAGAGCAGCACAAGAUGUCAAAGACUGCGAAGCUAGAGUUCAAGAACCUGUACGGCGGCGUUCUUCGCUCGCUGGCAAUGAACGAGAGCCAGAUCAUGCCCAAGGACAAUCCCAGAUCCAGCGGACUCGGAAAGAAGAUCGCUUCGAAGGCCAACAGUCAACCCAACAAAGGCAAGAUGGAGACCAUUCCCUUCUUGCACCUCAAGCGACACAACAUGCAUGGCUGGGAGUACAGCAAGAAGCUCACCGGAGUCUACCUCAACUGCCUCGAGGGGGCUGCCAGGGACGGUGUCACCUACCAGGACAAAUAUGUUCUCAUGACUGGUGCAGGUGCCGGCUCCAUUGGUGCUGAGGUUCUCCAGGGACUCAUCAGUGGUGGUGCUAGAGUGAUUGUGACAACCAGCCGGUUCUCACGCCAGGUCACCGAAGACUACCAAGCAAUGUACGCCAAAUACGGUGCUCGCGGAUCGCAGCUCGUAGUUGUUCCCUUCAACCAAGGCAGCAAGCAAGAUGUUGAGGCACUGGUCGACUACAUUUACGAUCCAAAGAACGGGCUUGGCUGGGAUCUUGAUUACAUUGUUCCGUUUGCUGCCAUAUCCGAAAACGGUCGGCAAAUCGACCAAAUCGACUCCAAGUCGGAGCUUGCUCAUCGCAUCAUGUUGACCAACCUUCUACGUCUUCUCGGGCGCGUGAAGUUGCAGAAGUCUGACCGUGGUUUUGAGACCCGUCCUGCGCAAGUCAUUCUGCCUCUGUCUCCCAACCACGGUACCUUUGGUAGCGAUGGUCUCUACUCCGAGUCGAAGCUCGGCCUGGAAACGCUCUUCAACCGCUGGCACUCCGAGGACUGGGCCAACUACCUCACCAUCUGCGGUGCAGUCAUUGGUUGGACCCGCGGUACUGGCCUCAUGUCCGGCAACAACAUCGUUGCUGAGGGUGUGGAACGAUUCGGUGUCCGCACCUUUUCUCAGCAAGAAAUGGCCUUCAACCUUCUUGGUCUCAUGUCUCCCAACAUUGUUGACAUUUGCCAGCAUGAGCCGGUCUUCGCUGACCUCAAUGGUGGUCUUCAAUUCAUCCCCAACUUGAACGACACAAUGACACGGUUGCGAAAAGACAUCACCGAGACUAGCGAGGUCCGUCGAGCCGUCACGAAGGAGACUGCUAUCGAAGACAAGAUCAUCAACGGUGAGGACUCGGAGGCUUUAUACAAGAAGAAAUUCAUCCAGCCUCGUGCCAACCUCCAGUUCAGAUUCCCGCGUCUUCCAGACUGGGAGACGGAAAUCAAACCUCUCAACGAAGACCUGGAAGGAAUGGUUGACCUUGAAAAGGUCGUCGUCGUCACUGGAUUUGCCGAAGUCGGUCCUUGGGGUAACUCCAGAACCCGUUGGGAGAUGGAAGCGUUCGGCGAGUUCUCGUUGGAGGGCUGUGUUGAAAUGGCUUGGGUCAUGGGUCUCAUCAAGAAUCACAAUGGACCUAUCAAGGGUCAGCCUUAUUCUGGAUGGGUGGAUGCCAAGUCUGGUGACCCUGUCGAAGAGAAGGACAUCAAGCCGAAGUACGAAAAGUACAUCCUGGAUCACGCAGGUAUCCGUCUCAUUGAACCGGAACUUUUCGAUGGGUAUGACCCCAACAAGAAGAUGAUGCUGCACGAGGUUUCCAUAGACGAGGACCUCGAGCCUUUCGAAGCAUCCAAGGAGACUGCGGAAGAGUUCAAGAGAGAGCAUGGAGACAAGUGCGAGAUCUUUGAGAUCCCGGAGAGUGGAGAGUAUAUCAUCCGCAUGAAGAAAGGUGCUUCCCUCUGGAUCCCGAAGGCCCUUCGCUUCGAUCGCCUCGUCGCAGGUCAGAUUCCAACCGGCUGGGAUGCCAAGAAGUAUGGCGUUCCCGAUGACAUUAUCUCUCAAGUCGACCGUGUCACCCUCUACACCUUGGUUUCCGUAUCCGAGGCUCUCCUAUCAUCUGGUAUCAUUGACCCUUACGAGUUCUACAAGUAUGUCCACGUAUCUGAGGUCGGUAACUGCAUCGGGUCCGGUAUGGGUGGUAUGACAGCACUUAAUGGGAUGUAUACCAAGCGCAAGAUGGAUCAGCCCGUGCAGAACGACAUCUUGCAGGAGUCCUUCAUCAACACCAUGGCCGCCUGGGUCAACAUGCUGUUGUUGUCUUCUUCCGGUCCCAUCAAGACUCCAGUUGGCGCCUGCGCAACUGCUGUUGAGUCGCUGGAUGUCGGUUUUGAGACCAUCAUGGAGGGCAAGGCUCGCGUUUGUCUUGUGGGAGGAUUUGAUGACUUCGGCGAGGAGGGAUCGUACGAAUUCGCAAACAUGAAAGCAACAAGCAACGCAGUCGACGAAUUUGCCCAUGGCCGCACUCCAGGGGAGAUGUCCCGCCCUACCACUACGACCCGAAACGGGUUCAUGGAAUCCCAGGGUUGUGGUGUUGAGAUCAUCAUGACGGCUAAGCUCGCGCUUGACAUGGGUCUUCCCAUCUACGGCAUCCUCGCUCUUACCACCACCGCAAGUGACAAGACCGGACGCUCUGUGCCAGCACCAGGUCAAGGUGUCUUGACAACUGCCCGGGAGGUGCCCGGCAAGUUCCCUUCGCCGCUGCUUGAUAUGAAAUACCGUCGCCGACAAAUCGAGCUCCGCAAGAAACAAAUUCGCAACUGGAAGGAGUCAGAGCUCGAGUAUCUAUACGAAGAGGUAUCGGCCAUGCAGUCUCAAGGCCACGAGUUCGACGCGAAGGAAUACACACAAGAACGUGCCGUACAUGUGGAGAAGGAGGCAGCCCGGCAAGUGAAGGAAGCCCUCCGGAGUUUCGGCAACAACUUCUGGAAACAAGACAGCUCCAUUGCUCCUCUUCGCGGUGCCCUUGCAACAUGGGGUCUCACGAUCGACGACCUCGGUGUGGCGUCCUUCCACGGAACCUCUACCAAGGCUAACGACAAGAAUGAGUCAUCUGUCAUUUGUCAGCAACUCCGUCACCUCGGCCGUAAGAAGGGAAAUGCGGUCAUGGGUAUCUUCCAGAAAUACCUCACGGGUCAUCCCAAGGGUGCUGCCGGAGCCUGGAUGUUCAACGGCGCCCUUCAAGUCUUGAACACUGGCUUGGUACCAGGCAACCGCAAUGCGGACAAUAUCGACGAAGUCAUGGAGCAGUUUGAUUUGAUCGUCUACCCGAGCCGAAGCAUCCAGACCGACGGUGUGAAAGCAUUCUCGGUCACAUCCUUCGGCUUUGGCCAAAAGGGUGCUCAGGCCAUUGGUGUCCACGCCCAGUACUUGUUCGCUGCUCUGGACAAGCAGGCGUAUGCCGAGUACGUCGCCAAGGUGACUGCUCGUCAGAAAAAAUCAUACCGGUACUUCCAUAAUGGCAUGGUCAACAACACGUUAUUCCAAGCCAAGUCCACUGGGCCAUACACCGACGAGCAGCUCUCGUCGGUUCUUCUGAACCCUGAUGCCCGGGUCAGUGAGGACAAGAAGUCUGCCGGCCUCGCCUAUGCAUCCAACUUCGCAAACCAAGCUGCUGCACCACAACUUGCGAAAUCCAAGACCACGAAGGAGAUGGUCGAGGGGCUCGCCCGAAGUCUGGAAACUGGGAAGAAUAACAAGGUUGGCGUUGAUGUGGAGGAUAUUGCAGACAUCAACAUCGAGAAUGACACCUUCGUCCAGCGCAACUUCACCAAGGAAGAGAUCGCUUACUGUGGCAGAAGUCCUAGUCCACAGAGCUCCUUUGCCGGAAGAUGGUGUGCAAAGGAAGCGGUCUUCAAGAGUCUCAACGUCGAAAGUAAAGGUGCUGGCGCGCCCUUGAUUGAGAUCGAGAUCCUCUCCAACGAGCAAGGUGCCCCUAUCGUUUCCCUUCAUGGCAAUGCCGAAGACGCUGCGAAAAAGGCAGGUGUGAAGGAGAUCAGUGUGUCGAUAUCGCAUUCUGAGACCCAGGCGAUUGCCAUAGCAGUUGCAACCUUCUAG